UUCCUUCUCCGUGCUUUUCUUUUUCGACUUCCAAAUGCCAGUUUUCUUCCCUCCUUUAAUCCUCCUCCACCAUCGGAGCUCGUCGUCGUCGCCGCCUCACUGUUAAUCGCUGCCUUCAGUUGUAUCAACAUCUCAAGGAGGAAGCUUCCUUUUAAAUACAUGCGCAAAAACGUCAUGGACGCCAACAGUACCUUCGAUUCUGAUCUGAUUCACGCCAUUUUCAAGCACAUUUGGGCCCGAAGAUUUCGCGAAAGGGAGAGGAGCGAUGCCAUUGAUGCUACUGAAGCUGAGGUUGCUCUGGGAACAACUAAGAAGAACAGGCUUGCUUCUGCUAACGCGAAUGCUUUAAAGCUCAGCUGUGAACUUCUCAAGAGUUUUGUCUCAGAGGCUGUGCAGCGCGCUGCUAUAAUCGCUGAAGCUGAGGGAAUGGACAAGAUUGAAGCUACUCAUUUAGAGAGGAUUCUUCCCCAGCUUCUUUUGGACUUUUAAGGUAUGAUUGCUAAACAGCACAUGCUUGUCCCCUGCAUCUUUUCGUUUUUUGUUGAUCUUGAUCAACUAAUGAAAGUGAAGUCUAGUUUCUUUUGCUCCUUCAUCUAAAAGUACACAACGCUCUUAGACCAUGUCAUGUGUUCUCGUAGUGUAUAUGUUCGUUCAUUGAUAUUUUCCUUCGUUAGAAAUAUGUGAAGAUAUGAACAGAGAUUAUUCCACACAAGUUAUUCUAAAGAUCAUACUA